AAUCUUUAUAAUGUGUCAGAUUUCACUAGUCUACCGGCCGGUGUUAUUAUAUCAGCUGUUACGAUAGUUAUCGUUUAAAGUUUAUAAAUCUAGUUAAAAAUGGUUAAAGUGGACGUAAAAUACACGAAGUUGUUUAUCAACAAUGAAUGGGUGGACGCAGUAAGUAAGAAGACAUUCCCAACAAUCAACCCUCAAAAUGAAACUGUCAUCGUACAAGUUGCUGAAGCCGACAAGACUGACGUCGAUCUAGCGGUAGCUGCAGCUAAAAAAGCGUUCCACCGAUAUUCAGAAUGGCGGACCAUGGAUGCGUCGCAACGAGGACUUCUUAUGUUAAAACUUGCCGACCUCAUGGAGUCACAAGCGAGAUACUUGGCGGAGCUUGAAACACUAGACUGUGGAAAGCCCGUCAAGGUAGCGGAAGGGGAAGUCUACUUCUCGGCAAGCGUACUUAGAUACUACGCUGGGAAAGCGGAUAAAAUUUUAGGCAACACAAUCCCUGCAGACGGUGAAGUUUUAUCAAUGACCCUCAAGGAACCAGUGGGCGUGUGCGGACAAAUCAUACCAUGGAACUAUCCCAUUCCUAUGAUGUCAUGGAAAAUAUCCCCAGCGCUAGCCGCAGGUUGUACUAUAGUGUUAAAGCCAGCGGAACAAACGCCCCUCACCGCUCUAGCAGUGGCAGCUUUGAUCAAGGAGGCUGGUUUUCCUCCAGGAGUUGUAAAUGUGCUGCCAGGUUACGGGCCCACAGCUGGUGCGGCAAUAACGCAUCAUCCAGAUGUCGAUAAAGUCGCCUUUACUGGCUCCACUGAGGUAGGCAGAAUGAUACUGGGAGCUGCUUCGGUUGCAAACUUGAAGCGAGUUACUUUAGAACUCGGUGGCAAAAGCCCGCUGGUUGUGUUCAACGAUGCAGAUGGUAAGUAUCUAGGCAUGAUUGAUAUAUUCGGCCCGGUGCAAAGCAUUUUCAAGUUCGAGACAUUCGACGAGGCGGUGGACCGCGCCAACGACACCAACUACGGUCUUGGCGCUGGCGUCAUCACAAACGACAUCACCACCGCCAUGGCCUUCGCCCGACACGUGCGCGCCGGCUCCGUGUGGAUAAACAUUUACGAUCACGUCACUAGCCAAACUCCUUUCGGAGGUUUCAAAGACUCCGGCAUGGGCAGAGAAUUGGGAGAAGAAGGCAUCAACAACUAUUUGGAAGUUAAGACGAUUACUAUGAGUCUCCCAAAACGGCCACUUUUAUAAAAUUCUAUUGCAAACAUGGGGAUUUUCAUACACGAUAUUAAAAUAAAGAUAUCUUGUAAGAAAUGUUAAAAUUAUUAAUUUUUGUGUUACCAGUGUGAAAGCAUCGAACUUUAAAAUAAACUGUUAUAGUCACAACCCAUAAGUAAAUAAGCAUUGUUAUCUAGUAUUUUUGGUAACUUACAUUUUUAAUAAAAAAAUGAUUUUGCAUA